AUGGUACGUUUGGAUGAACAAUAUGAUGUCAUCGUUGUUGGUACCGGUUUGACCGAGUGUAUUCUUUCGGGUUUAUUAUCUGUUGAUGGAAAAAAAGUUCUUCAUAUGGAUAGAAAUGACUAUUAUGGAGGUGAAAGUGCCAGUUUGAAUUUAACACAACUUUACCGAAAGUUUCGUCCGGGUGAAGAACCCCCACCAGAAUUGGGACGUGAUCGUGAUUAUAAUAUCGAUCUUAUUCCUAAAUUCAUGAUGGCUAAUGGAGAACUUGUAAAAAUGCUUACUCAUACCGAUGUAACACGUUAUCUCGAGUUUAAACAAAUUUCCGGUUCUUAUGUAUAUCGAGACGGUCAAAUUUCUAAGGUGCCGGCUAGUGAAUUUGAGGCUGUUCGUAGUCCAUUGAUGCGAUUAUUUGAGAAGAGAAGAGCAAAGAAAUUCUUUGAAUAUAUGCAAAAUUGGCGAGAGGAAGAUCCUAAUACCCAUCAAGGGAUCGAUCUUAAUAGCGUACCGAUGUCUAAAGUUUAUGAAAAAUUCGGUCUUGAACCUGGCACUCAAGACUUCAUUGGUCACGCUAUGGCAUUGUAUCUGAAUGAAUCAUAUCUAAAUCGUCCCGCUCGCGAGGCUUAUGAAAGAAUUAUUCUUUACAUUUCGUCAGUCGCUCGUUACGGAAAGAGUCCUUAUAUUUAUCCAUUGUAUGGUUUAGGUGAAUUGCCUCAAGGUUUUGCACGUUUGAGUGCUAUUUAUGGUGGUACUUAUAUGCUUGAUAAGUCAGUUGACGAAAUUGUUUAUGACUCGAACGGUCAGGUUUGUGGUGUACGCUCGGGUGACAAGAUUGCCAAAACAAAACAAGUUAUUGGUGAUCCAUCCUAUUUUCCUGGAAAAGUUCAGAAAGUUGGCAAAGUAGUUCGUGCUAUUUGUUUGUUAAAACAUCCCAUACCAAACACUGAUGAUGUUGACUCUAUUCAAUUGGUGAUUCCACAAAAUCAAGUUAAUCGGAAACACGACAUUUAUAUUGCUAGCGUAUCUUCUUCUCAUAAUGUCUGUGCAAAAGAUUACUAUCUCGCAAUCGUUUCCACUAUUGUCGAAACAGACAAUCCUGAGGCUGAAAUUAAACCUGGCCUUGAUUUACUUGGAACAAUUAAACCAAUUGAGGACGGUUGUAAAGAUCAAGUUUUCAUCUCUUGUUCAUAUGAUGCAUCUUCUCAUUUUGGAACAGUAUGUGAUGAUGUUAAAGAUAUCUACCGAAGAGUUACUGGCAAAGACCUUGUUCUUAAACAAAGGCUGAGACAAGAAGAAGAACAAAGAGAAAUCGGUGAAACUUAA